GUGUCGAAAAGAACCCAGAUUUCCACUCGAACUUCCAAUGCAAAGCAGAGGAUUUCAAGAUUUAUAAAACGACGCCACUCUGGCCAAAGAGACAAAUCGUGGCUUCCGACCACGAUUUUUAACCGGAAGUUGAUAUGUCAUUCUUUCCCCCUUACCUCUAAGGUCUCGGCCUAUGACUCCACGGGGCCGUCGCUUCCGGUCUCCCCAGCAUUGUCCUAGCCCGGAGAAGGUCGCGUUUCCGGCUAGUGGACGAGGCUAAGAGGGGGGAGUGUGGAGAACUGACAAGAUGUCGCAGGGGUCGGAGCUGGAGCGGGGGCCGCCGAGAGCAGUGCUGGGCUAUACGCCUGACGAGAAGCUCCGGCUGCAGCAGCUGCGCGAGCUCCGGCGCCGUUGGCUGAAAGACCAGGAGCUGAGCCCGCGCGAACCGGUCCUGCCCCCGCGCAAGCUUGGACUGGUGGAGGGCUUCUGGGAGCGCUUUCUGCAGCCUGGGGGGUUCUGGCGGAAGCAGGUGUUCAAAACAUACCGUGCUGGGAUAUAUACUGUCUUUCGGCUACUUAUCCCUGCUUGGAUUAGUACCUAUUAUGUCAAAUAUCAUCUAAUGCCACGGCCCUAUGGUAUUGUGGAAGGAAAGACAAGGAUAUUCCCAGGUGACACAAUUUCAGAAACGUGUGAGGUGAUUCCCCCAUUGGAAAUCCCAAGCAGUCAUCAUUAAGAGGCUCAAGGACUUGUGAAAGCUCUGGACAUUGCCCCCCCCCCUUCUAUAUAAUGUAAUGCAAAUGCAUAGCUGUGGAAGUAUCUAAUUAAACAAUAAACAUCAA